AUGGGCCACACACUCGACGACUCCGAAGCGUCAGACGCUGUGAUUGGAUACCGCGUUCCCGUCCUUUGUCCCCAGGAUAAGAACGCCAAAGCAACCAUGCAGAAUCCCUGGUCCAGACCCGUCACCCUCUUGGCCACGGGCCUCGCCAGUGCGGCGGUAAUCACAAUCGUCACCCUCCUCAGCGCCGGAGUAUUGUUCAGGAGCGGAAAACCCCACCUGAGCACCCUGUCUCGCUCCCCCAGCCUCCACGACCUCACGCUCAUAGCCAGCCUGCCCAUGCAACACGUCCCGACGGUCGAGAACGGCCGCCGCCUCCUCGUCAUCGGCGACAUACACGGCAUGAACACGGAGCUUGGAAGCCUCCUCGACCGGGCCAAGUACGACGCGGCAACCGACCACGUCGUCGCCCUAGGGGACAUGGUCAACAAGGGCCCUGACUCCCGCGGCGUGCUCUCCCGCCUCAUGUCCCUGAACGCGAGUGCCGUGCGAGGCAACCACGAGGACUGUCUCGUCGUCGCGCUGAAGGAGCGCACGGCGGCGGCGCCACUCGUCUCGGCCCCAGAUGUCGUGGCCAACAUGCGCAAGUGCAAGAAGAAGAAGAUCCUCAGGGUCGCCGACACCCUGCUCCCAGAACAAGUCGCCUGGCUCGAGAGCCUGCCUGUCAUUCUGAAAUGCCCAUCCCUGCGCUUGUACUUUGUCCACGGCGGCCUCGUGCCCGGCAUCAAGCUGGGCGAGCAGGACCCCUGGGCCGUCAUGAACAUGCGCACGUUGAUAUACCCCGGCGGCGAACUCAGACGACGCGCUAAACUCGCAAGCGCGCCGACGCGGCUCGACGACGACGACGACGACGACGACGAUAGCAACGCCAUGCCGGCGCUCAAAGUCAUUGCCAUACCCACCGACGAUCACUCGGGCGAGAGAUGGGACAAGGCCUGGAACAAGUACCAGAAAAAGAAUGUGAAAAAGGCUCACCGCCGCACCGUCAUGUACGGCCACGACGCGAAGAGGGGCUUCCGAGAGGGCAGGUACACUGUUGGCCUGGACUCGGCGUGCGUCGCCGGCGGCCAGUUGACGGCGCUGAUUGUCACGGCGAAGCGCGAUGGAACCUUUUCCUACGACAAAGUUCAGGUCCCGUGUAAAGCGGCCCGGCCCGGAAACAAACCGACGUACUGA